UAUUGACCACAAAGAUAUAGACGGACCCGUCAUAAUCUAUCUUGCUAUAACCUACUCUAGUUGAUAAGGGACCACUGUACCACAUAACAGCCUAGCUGAUGCGGAUCGAGGUAUAUAAAAAAAAAUGGCUCAAUCCAUCAUCGGCAAGAACGGGACUGAAUCGCCCGAACCUGUCAAAGCAGAAGUAACAGGAUGUGUCCCUGAGUGGUUACAAGGGACAUUGCUGCGCAAUGGUCCUGGUCUUUUUAAAGUGGGAGACACUGAAUACAACCACUGGUUUGAUGGCAUGGCCUUAAUUCAUAGUUUCACCUUCAAAGAUGGUGAUGUGUACUACAGGAGUAAAUUCCUGAGGAGUGACACCUUCAAGAAGAACAUUCAGGCAAACAAGAUUGUUGUGUCAGAAUUUGGGACCAUGAUAUGUCCUGAUCCCUGCAAAAACAUAUUUUCAAAAGCCUUCUCCUACCUUCUCGCUGCCAUCCCUGACUUCACAGAUAACAACCUGAUAAAUAUCAUUAGAUAUGGUGAGGACUACUAUGCCUCAUCAGAAGUCAACUACAUGAAUCAAAUUGACCCAAUGACCCUGGACGUAAUUGGAAAGAUGAACUACAGGAAUCACAUUGCUCUGAACCUGGCGACAGCACACCCUCACUACGACGAUGAGGGAAACACCUAUAACAUGGGAACUGCCCUCAUGAGGUUUGGCAUGCCAAAGUAUGUCAUCUUCAAGGUUCCAGUCAAUGCAUCAGAUAAGGAGCAUAAGAAGCCUGCCCUGCAGAAGGUGAAACAGGUCUGCAAUAUACCGUUUCGCUCCACCCUCUUCCCCAGCUACUUCCACAGCUUCGGCAUGACAGAGAACUACAUCAUCUUUGUCGAGCAGCCAUUCAAACUGGACAUCCUCAGACUGGCCACAGCUGUCUUUAGAAGCGUAAACUGGGCCAGCUGCCUCAAAUACGACAAAGGGGACAUUACGCUGAUCCACCUGGUCGACAUAAAGACUGGGAAGGCUGUGUCCACCAAGUUCUACACAGAUGCCCUGGUGGUUUUCCACCACAUCAAUGCCUACGAGGACGACGAACAUGUAGUGUUUGACAUGAUCACCUACAAAGACAGCAAUCUGUAUGAAAUGUUCUACUUAGCGAACCUGAGAAAGGAAACACAUGAAUUCAUUGAGAGCAACAUGGUCAACUUCUCCCCACCAAUCUGCCAGAGAUUCGUCUUGCCUCUCACUCUUGACAAGGAUACUCCAAAAGGAACCAAUCUGGUGAGGCUCAAAGACACAACAGCCAAAGCAGUGAUGCAGAAAGAUGGCUCGCUGUAUUGCCUGCCUGACACAAUAUUUGAAGGUUUGGAGUUGCCAGGGAUUAACUACAAAUUCAAUGGCAAGAAGUACCGUUAUUUCUACGGCUCAAGAGUGGAGUGGACUCCACACCCAAAUAAGAUUGGGAAGGUGGACAUCGUGACCAGAAAGCACAUUGAGUGGAUAGAGGAGGACUGCUACCCCUCUGAGCCUGUGUUUGUUGCCUCACCAGGAGCUGUGGAGGAGGAUGAUGGAGUCAUUUUGUCCUCAGUCGUCUCACUCAAUCCAAAGAAAUCCCCCUUCAUGCUUGUCCUCAAUGCCAAAACCUUUGAGGAAAUUGCUCGUGCCUCAAUCGACGCCAGCAUUCACAUGGAUCUGCAUGGACACUUCAUUCCCAUACAGAGCUCCAACUGACAUAGCCAGCAGAGGGCAGGAUUCUACUUUAACAUUGUAGAGGGCAAAGUCUUACUCCCAGCCAUGUAGAGUCGAUGUCCGAGCCCCAGUGGAAAUCUAAUUAGCAUAAUUAGCAUAAUAUCAAAUACCCAUCAAAAUCCUUCUGUUUAAGCUAGAGAUAUCUGUUUUGCGUGGGCUGCGUCUCAAUCCACCGCAUCCGCCUUCUGCAUCUGCAUCUGCAGUGGAAGGUGGCAGAGCUACAAGAUCAUGUCUAGAUGGUAUACAGAUUUUGUCAAAUUGACAUCAAAAGUUGAUUAUUUUAGCAUUUUAGCUAACACUAACACUAACACUAACCCCUUUCCUAACCUUAACCUAAUUCUCCUAACCUGAUACUUUAAUUAUCCUAACCUGCUGUGUACAUUUUAAACCUGAUACGAAAAGUAAAUCUGUUUUUCUAUGUA